CAGGCAUCUACUUUCCAUGGGAGAAGGACCAUUUGUGGAAAAUUGAUUCUCAGUUGUGAUAAUAAGAUGCCAAAGCCAACACUUGCACUCGCGUAUAUAAGAGUGAAGUGUUUUCACGAAGUGGCAGGGCAAGUGCUGCAAAUUCAAGGAGAUAAGAAACAAGAAUGGCAGGGGAGGUGACACACAGGAUGGUAACCGUCAAUGGCAUCAAAAUGCAUGUUGCAGAGCAAGGAUCAGGUCCUGUUCUGUUGCUUAUACACGGUUUUCCCGAUCUGUGGUUUUCUUGGCGGCACCAGAUAAAAGCAUUGGCGGAGGCAGGAUACCACGCGGUGGCCCCUGACAUGAGAGGAUACGGAGACACUGAUGCUCCUCUCGCCGCUCACAAUUAUACUGCAUUCCAUAUUGUGGGGGACUUGAUUGCCCUGCUUGACGCUCUUGGUUGCCACAAGGCCUUUGUGGUUGGGCAUGAUUGGGGCUCUCUCAUUGCUUCAUACCUUUGUCUUUUUCGACCAGACAGGGUGAUAGCACUUGUGAAUUUGAGUGUUCCAUUUCAACCGCGUGAUCCUAAAAGUAAGCCGACUGAGAAGUUGAGGUCUGUUUUUGGUGAAGGCUACUAUGUAUACAGAUUCCAGGAACCUGGAAGAGUAGAGGAAGAAUUUGCUAGUUAUGAUUGCACCGAAGUUCUGAAAAAGUUCUUUUUGACAACCAAGACAGAUUUGUUCACUGCACCUCUAGACAAAGGAAUAUUAGAAGUUCUUGGGAGUCCAACAAGCUUUCCUUCUUGGAUCACUGAUGAAGAAAUCCAAUACUACGGAAAACAAUUUGAGAAGACAGGUUUCGUUGGUGGUUUGAACUAUUAUCGAGCAAUUGAUUUAAAUUGGGAGCUUCUAGCCCCGUGGACUGGGGCAAACGUCACAGUUCCAGCUAAGUAUAUAGUUGGAGACAAAGACUUGGUAUACACUACCCCUGGUAUCAAAAACUACGUCCAUGGAGGAGGCUUAAAGAAAACUUUUCCCUUCCUCGAGGAAAUAGUUGUUAUUGAAGGUGGACAUCACUUCAUUCAACAAGAGAAAGCACAGGAAGUUUCCGGACACAUUCUUGAAUUUUUAAGAAAUUCAAAUUGUCAGCUGUGUGAACCGUUAAGCUUUUCAAAGUUGUAAUAAAUAAAAUUUUAAGAGCAAGUUUGGUUGAAAUUUUAACUAGCCCAUGCACCAAUGCUGUGCUUUGACUUCAUCACUAACUAGAUAGAAAAUAAUAUUUAUGAGCAACUUGAAAAAAAAAACUUUUAUCCACAAAGCAUUCGAAGGACAGAUUGAAUUCCCUUCGCUAAACAAUAAUUAUUAUUUUAAACUGUAUCCCGUCCUGCAGACUCCUCCGCGCAGUUCAAAAAGUUGCUGGCUUUGUUGAACAGGCAUUGGGUUUUUGAAUAUAAUCCUCUGAUUUGCAGUUUUUUCGUUGA